AUGAAGGCUUGGUCGAAUGACUUGUGGGAAGGCAAGAGCAAGAUCAUCAUCGGGGUGGACGUUGGAUCGACGCACAGUGGGGUUUCUUACGCAUACUUAUUCGCAGGAGGAUCGAGAUUUGUUACUCGUGUUUCGGAAUGGCCUGGUCAGGAGGCGCAUAAAACUGCGAGCAAGAUCCCAACCAUGAUUUGGUACGACCAAAAUGGGGUUGCGCAAUCCUUUGGUGCAGAGACACUUAUCCCUGAUGUAAUGGACCAAGCCCUUGAUGAAGGGUGGCAGUUAGCGAAACACUUCAAGCUGCAUCUCCAUCCCACUACUAUCAUCACUCGGCAUACGCUUCAACUCGAUCCGUUACCUGAAGGGGUACAACUUUUGAAGAUUUACACUGAUUUCCUUGCUUACCUUCUAUCCCACACGAUCUCGGCUUUCAAAAGCCGAGUAGUCGAUGGGACGCGAGUUUGGGACCAAUUGGCCUCAACCAAGGCUGUCGAAUUCGUUCUUGCACACCCAAACGGAUGGGGUCUUAGCCAACAAGCUUUCUUGCGGAAAGCGGCGAUCCGAGCCGGCUAUGUGGAGGACGAGGCCCAGGCGGCAUUACGAAUACGAUUUGUCAGUGAAGGAGAAGCCUCUGUGCAUUUCUGUGGAUCAACUGUUGACACCACCUCUUACAUUGUCAAGUCUAGUUACCCAAUGCUCGAGCUAGAAGAGGCAAAGGCCUCAGACUGCGUACAAGCUGGUGCGAUUUUCGUGGAUAGCGCAUUCGAGAAGUAUCUGAGAGAACAGUUGAACAAAACUGGGCCAUCGGGGAAGGCUACUCUCACGGAGGAUGAUGUGGAAGACUUUGUGAAGCGUGGGUUAAGUGAUUUUGAAGGGAGUGCUAAGAGGGCAUAUUGCGGUGCUGAAGGAUCAAAGUACGCCAUUGACAUCGGAGCUGGAAGAUACACGGAUGAGCAGAAGGGUAUACGCCGGGGAAGAAUGACCAUAGAUGGGGAUGUUUUCCAUCGUUGUUUUGAUCCAUUCGUUACUCAAAUUGUUCGGGCGGUGGAAGAACAAAUGUCUGGCCUUGUCACGGAGCACGUUCUGCUUGUAGGGGGUUUCGGUGAGAGCCCUUACCUACGCGAAGUUUUACGCAGCAGGUUUGAAGGUGGACGGGGGAGAUGCAAGGUCAUGACGGCGAACGACGCUACCGCGAAAGCUGUUUCAGACGGAGCUGUAAUAUAUCACGCUACACAAACGGUCAAAGCUAGAGCAUGCAGAUUCCAAUUUGGGAUAGUAGGGGGAAUACCGUACGAUGAGAACGUUCCAGAGCACAGAUCAAGAGAUUGGGUGAUUGGACGGGAUGGCGUGAAGUGGAUGAGCAAUAAAUGGUAUCCCAUGGUUGAAAGAGGCGACGUUAUUAUGGCUGAGGAUGGCGUAUCAGAAAACAUGUACAACGUUUAUCACACCUCAAAUCCUUCACUCGGGACAUUCUCGGAAAGAAUCUAUGCCUUUACCCUAUCAGAUGAAGAAGGGCCCUAUUGGGCCUUGGAUCCAGACGGGAAGCCCGAGUAUGGAAUUGAAUGUGUCUGCGAGAUCACUGCAGAUUUGAGCAAUCUAAGAGGUGGCUUGGUAGAGAAGAUCUCGCGAGAGCAAGGAGGGAAGUAUUGGCUCCUCGAUUAUAAUGUGGUCAUUGAAUUUGGAGACACGGAACUUCGUGCCUAUUUGGAGUGGACGGAGAACGGGGAAACAAAGCGUGGCCAGGCUUCUCUCAUACCGGACUCCUUUAUGUAG